CGCGCGCUUGCGCGGCUUGCUCGGCGGCGGGAGAUGUUGAGGAGAGUUGAGAGUCGCCGCUUCUGGCGGCUGCUUGGGACGCCUGAGAUCUCUUCUGGGGAUGGCGGCCGUCGGCAGGUCACUUCUGGUGUCCCUCCCUCCGGUGGGACCGUGUUUAGAGCCCUAAAUAUCUUCGACCGGGACCUGAAGAGGAAGCAGAAGAACUGGGCGGCCCGGCUGCCCGAGCCGAUGAAGUUUGACUACUUGAAGGAGGAGGUUGGAAGUCGGAUUGCAGACCGUAUAUAUGACAUAGCCAGAAAUUUCCCCCUUGCUUUGGAUGUUGGUUGUGGAAGAGGUUAUAUAGCACAGCAUUUGAAUAAGGAAACUGUUGGAAGGUUUUUCCAAACAGACAUUGCAGAAAAUGCGUUGAAAAAUUCCUUAGGAACAGAUAUUCCUACUGUCAGUGUUCUAGCUGAUGAAGAAUUCCUUCCCUUUCAAGAAAAUACAUUUGACCUGGUGGUUAGCAGUUUAAGUUUGCACUGGGUAAAUGACCUUCCAAGAGCACUUGAGCAGAUUCAUUAUGUUUUAAAACCAGAUGGAGUGUUUGUUGGUGCAAUGUUUGGAGGCGACACGCUCUAUGAACUUCGGUGUUCACUACAGUUGGCAGAGACGGAGAGGGAAGGAGGGUUUUCUCCACAUAUUUCUCCUUUCACUGCUGUUAAUGACCUAGGACAUCUGCUUGGGAGAGCUGGCUUCAAUACACUAACUGUGGACACUGAUGAAAUUCAAGUUAAUUAUCCUGGAAUGUAUGAAUUAAUGGAGGACUUACAAGGUAUGGGUGAAAGUAACUGUUCUUGGAAUAGAAAAGCCUUGCUGCAUCGAGACACAAUGCUGGCAGCUGCAGCAGUUUACAGAGAAAUGUACGGAAAUGAGGAUGGCUCAGUACCUGCCACAUACCAGAUCUAUCACAUGAUAGGAUGGAAAUACCAUGACUCUCAGGCAAGACCAGCUGAAAGAGGUUCUGCAACUGUGUCGUUUGGAGAGCUAGGAAAACUAAAUAAUCUCAUGUCACAGGGGAAAAAGUCACAAUAAAUAUCUUAUGCAAUGUUUA